CCCCAGCCAUCUAAAACCUCCGCUUCCAUUUACAAGCCAGCGUUCCCACUUCCCACUGCCCACUUUUCUUCUUGGAGGUGCUCCCCGCUCUCCCGCGCUGUCCAUUGUCUUCCUAACCCAGCGACGGAGGUGAACCCUGACGUUAAAAUAGCAGCAGUCGAUGAGGAGAUAAGUUUUUCGUUGGUUGCAGGAGACUUAUGGCGACAUCAAGAGACGUCCAAGAGAUCAUCUCAAAGCUCUCCUCAAAUAAACCUAAAUCCCGCGAUGAAGGAAUACGGCUCCUUAAUAGUUGGCUUGAAGGUGAGAGGUCCUUUAGCUUAUGCCGGCUGCUCGCGAAGAACACUGCAAGGAUCGGACCUGGUGGAGUUCCUCAUGAAGAGUCGUGGCCAUUUAUAUUCUCCCUGCUCACCAAGUGCAUCGAGUUGGAGAUAUCAGCAAGCAAGAAGCGCCAUCCAAAAUUGCUACUGGCAAAGACCCUACGAAUAGCUAUUCAGUGUGCUGAAGAUCACAAGCUAUCUGGAGCUCAAUUGCCUUUGGGUUCUGUCAUUAAGCCGCUAUUCAAUCACAUAUGGGAUGUUUUAAAGGAUGUUUCUAUAUUCCAGAUGGAGUACAGCGGUAUCCUACGACACCUGCUGUCUAUAAAUGAAUACCGUUAUCAGAUGAAGAGUCGCAUGUAUUCUAGUCUUAUAUUGCUAUAUAUGAAUAAGAUGGUAUCAACUAUUAGCAUGAAAGGUUCUAUGCCAUCCAGCUUGAAGGAAGAAGCAUUUCGUGCUGCUUUAACGCUUCACGUUCUUCUGGAAAACCCGCCUGGUGAUUUUCCAGAUAAUAUCAGGGAAGAUAUUGUUGCUGGUUUUGUUGAGAUGUUCUCUUCUUUAAGAGAUGAAGGAAAGUACUCACGUAAGCUUAUGGAAUGCAUUAACACAUAUCUGAUGAAGGAUGGUCCUAAUCUUGGAGAUCUUGCAACAAAAAUUCAUUUUGCUGUUCAGGAGUUUCUUUUUCGAUUUUGGCUUACGACUCAUGACAGAGGGUUAAAGGCCUCCUUCAUUCUUUACGCUAGUGUACAAUUGAAGCUUACCCGAAAUACUUCAGAGGAGAUUUCGUUAGUAGAAAAACUUCUUGAUGUUGUUGCCAAGGAACUAGAUCAAGGCAUUGCAGUUUCUUAUGGGAUUCCUUGGAGUGAUGUAUCUAGGGAUGAUAAGUUGGGACAUCCAGGGAACAUAUAUCAUGGUUUGAUGGAACUUGCAGCUAUGGUUUUAUAUCAGUCUUGCAAAGAAACGAGAAAGAUGCCUCAUCAAGAGAAAAAAUUGAAGACGGUAGAUGCUAUGGAUCGUAUAAAAGAUGGGAUCAUAAAGGGAUCAUGGCUUUGGAAUGGCACCCUUUGUUUUCUUACUCAUACUUAUGGUCACCGCCUAGAUAAGUCUCUUCUAGUAUAUUGGUUGGAAGGUGCAUCUGAAAGUUUAAAGAGGCUUUUAAAUAACCCAAACACAGUACAUUCAUAUGAAGCUUUGAUAUGGCUUUUGAGGGCGAUGCAAGGACUCUCUGCCCUCCUAUUUCCCAACUUAGAUGAGAAGUCACGACCUACUUCUAUGAGUAUGGAUAAGGCGUCCAUCUUAGCUACAAAAAGUUGGAGUACUAUAUGGACUGAUUUGAUGCAUGGAUUGCCAGCUUUCAGCAAUGUUACCCCUGUUGUUGAUGUUGCUUUGGCUCUACUUGGUGACAUGAUUUUGCAAGAGCAAAUUGGUGAAGCUCUUGUUCCUCAUGAUAUGUGGGACCUUCGAUUAUUUAAACAUAUGUCCUCACUGUAUCUUGUGCAGUCAUCAGUAUCCUUGGGAGAUAUUUUUAUGGCAGAUAUGUGUUGGAACUUGGAAUUGUACAUAAAUUUGUUUGUGCAGGAUAAGUUGGGUGACCUUCGGGAUGUUUAUCAUCUUAGAAAAAAUCUAUUGAAAGCAUCGUUAGAUCUGGUCAAUUUGAAGGAACCCAACACUUUAAACGAGCAAGCUAUUUUGUUGAUUCCACUAGUUUCCUAUUCACUUGCUGCUGGUUUUUGUCAUCUUUUACCUUUUUAUAAGGAGGUAUCCAUAUUUGCAGAUGCUCAGGUUUUAAAGGCUAAGUUGUCAUCAAUGGAAGAUUCAGAUCAGGCUCUGUUAGACGCUGAAGUGCUUGAUUGCUCCAUUGAAACUUUAAGCAUGUUGCAUAAACAUAAUACCGUUCAGGUGCUAGUGAAGAGUUAUCCUAGCAUUCGUAUUCCUCGGCAGAUCCGUGAGCCAUUGCUGCAUGAAAUGGAAGAGUAUAUUUCUGGUCUUAUGGGAUCAAACAAGGAUUUUGAGAAAACAGUUUUAGGGAACCUCAUUAACAUUUGUUCUCUUUUGUGCAAUUUCAUCCAUUGUUCAAUUUUUUCAAGGCUAAAAGAUGAGAAAGGACUUUAUUACAAUAAAUUGUUAAACUAUACUGUAAAGUUGAUUGACCAUAUUGCUUAUUUGAUUGAUGAAAAUUUUCAUGAAGUUCAACGAGGCGGUUCUGUUAGCGUUGGCUGCAUGUUUGAUGGUUCACGGUCCACUUUUAUGUCUUUGCAAAGUUUUAUAUCUGGUCCUCUUUUCAGACUUUUUAAAGACGAAAAACAUAUUGAUACCGAGCUACUCCAAGUCAUUCAGUCCGCUGAGAAAAUUUUGGCGGUUCUUGGUAGAUCAUUUACUGUGUUUUCCAAUGCUACAGUUAGCCUUUGUUCUGGAUUGGAUGCACAAGCUCUUCAACUCCCAGGUUUUCAAGAAUCCAAUUCUGCAUUUGAUGGUACAGCCCGCAUCAUGGAUGUGGAUCUAGAUGCUGAGAAUUGUUCCAGAGAUGCAGAUUCCUUUAAUUCACCUACAAGCAAUUCUUCAACCAUGUUUUACAAUCCCAUGCAGCGUAAAUUAACAUUAGUUUCUGUGAUUUCCUCUUUUUCCUCUGUUUCACCUAAACUUGCUUGGGAAACUUUGUUUGAACUUCUGGGUAAAGAAGAUGAUGCUAAGGUUUCCGAGGUUAUUUUGUAUAACCUUUGCAAGUACUUCCAUGGUUCUUCUGUUUCACUUUCCUCAUUGGUUAAUUCAUUACAUGACAAUCUUGAGAAAAAUUCAUGCUCAAAACUGAGCUGUGAAAGUAUUUUGACGUGUAUCCGCAUGCUUCUUGGGACUUUGCAAUCCAGAUGUUCAAUCAUUGGCAAUGCUAAUCUUGAUUGGGGCACUGAAGAUAUGGCAGUGGAAGAGAAUUUAAAUCGUCUUGGCAUUUUGGUGGAAAAAAUAGCCCAGAUUGGUCUUCCUUUUUGGGUUGGCCGCAUAAAGUUGAUCGAUUGCAUUUGCAGUUUCGUGUUAAUUGAACCUAAUAUUGCUCAAACAUUGAUGGGAAGACUUUUUGGAAUGCUUCAAGAUAGGGAUUACCGAGUUAGGAUCUUUUUAGCAAGAAAAGUUGGCAUUCUUUUUCAUACCUGGGAUGGCCAUAAUGAGUUAUUUCAUGAUAUUUGUUCCAAUUUUGGAGUUGAGUUGGUUAGGACGUCUAAAGAUAGAGUUGUAAAAGCCCAUGAAGUUAUAGCACUUGGUGCUCAGUCUGUUCUUGGAAUGGAAUCUGCAAUCAUCACUCUUGCUCAUCUUGCAUUUUUCAGUGAGAAAGUCGAAAUUGAGGCUAUUUUUAUGAUGUGUGUGGCUGCUGCUAUUGUUCCUUGCCAAAGAAAGCUAGUUUAUGCGUUGCUUGAUAAUCUAUCCGAAGCGCUUCAAUAUGACUCGAGGGCCAAGUAUCUAGGGGAGCUGUUGGGAUCAAUAGUUGCUCGAUGGGUAGCUUGCGAAGUAAGCUUAGCAGGACUUUUAGAGGUACAAGAGCUGUUUGUCCCCAGUUCUGAAGCGCAAUUAUUUAUUCGAUAUUGCUGCCCUUGGCUCCUUCCUCCCCUAGUUCUUAGGGGAGAUGUGCCAAAUCUGGAAUGGCUUGCUAAGGCAACAAGUCUGCCUUUGCCCCUGCUUGCCAAAGAAUAUUUUGUGCCAAUUUUUGCUAUGAGCAUGGCAGUUUAUUGUAAUGGAAGGCCUGAUAAGGAUAUUAGCCGGAGGACCCUCUGUGAUUCAAUCUUAAAUAUUGCUAAAAUUUCUGAGUUCGAAAGAGAUGACCUUAUAAAGAGAAAUAUGGUGUCAAUUGUAGGCUUUCUUCUUUCUCUAGCCAGUUCUUCCACUGACCCAGAUACACCAUUUUUUCGCAAUGAAACGAUUAUAGUCUCUGUUCAAACUGUUGUUGAUGGCUUUUUUGAAAUAAACGACCAUCCUGGACAUGUUUGUGUGGUGGACAAAAUCAAUAUUUUUCGUCCCGAUAGAGUAUUUAAGUUUUUAUUAGAGAUGCAUUACCAAAUUUCAACAGCUAUUCAUCCUCGUCAUAAAUGUCGCAGUCUGUCAUCAAUAGAUGUUCUUAUUCGUAUAAUUGGACAUCGAGCUAGUAUUAGUAGCACUUCCAAUUAUAUACUCCACAUAGCUGGACAAUACGUUGGUAUUCUGCCACUACAGGAUCAUUGUUGUACCAUCCUUUCUACACUUCUAGAAGUAUUUACAAAUGAACAUACUGCCGAUGCCGUAAAUGUACUUGGAGAGCAACUUCAGUUUCUUGUUUCAAAAUUGGUGGCCUGUUGCAUUCCUUAUGGGAGUCUAAGCGAUGGAGGUACUGUUCCUUCAACACGAGUUAUAAACAUUCUGUGUCAGUUAACUGUGGAUGCUGACCCAUCGUUGUAUGAUUUCAUCAAGGAUCUGGAACCAUUUCCUCAACUAGAUUGUUUAAAAAGAAUAAGGAUGUUUCAUGAAGAUCUUUGCAUAGCGUAUUCUGCAAGGGACCGCUUUUUAAUGUUCGUGCGGAGGAGUCCUUAUCUCCCAAGGGAACUACUUCUAUUAAGUCUAGAGAGUUUGCAUAAACAAUUGCUAAAAAAUGAAAUCAUUCCACCAAAUAGUGACGUAGUAUAUAGUACAGAAAGGAUCAAUGGAUGGAAUUGUGAUCCAGAAAUAGUUAUUGCAGUAUGGAAUCUGGUUCAACUGACGGGUUCAGAUGAUGCAAAUGAUAUUAGUGGACUACUUUCUGAUUUUAUUUCAAGGGUAGGUAUUGGAGAUCCCUAUCAGAUUGUUUUCCGUUUGCCUGAAUAUGACAAUAAGACGCAACCUUGUUCCCCAUCUUUCUUCAUUAGUUCCAAGAAAAUUGGGUUCUGUUCUGAUGUUUUCAUGACAGAUGAUCUUGUGAUAAGCCUUCUACGACUUUUGAGCAAGAAUCUUCUUGAUGAUUCUGUUAAAACUGUGGAUAUUACGUCACAAACACUUCAAGGUAUUCUUUCAACUGAGAAAGGUCAAUGUGCUUUACGAGCACUUAAUUCGUAUGAGUAUUCAUUGAUACAAAUUCACUCAAAAGGUGUUAACUUGGGCCUUGUAGAAAAAUUACUUUUGGAUUUUGAAAAUAAAUCUACUGUUGGAAUGACGUUGGAUGAUUCUUCACUUUGGACUACUGAAGCUAAAACUUACGAAAUGUGGAUCUGCUCGGUUGUUCACAAACUUGUGGUUCACUGUGACGAUGUCAUAUUAAGACUUUGUCAAGAGAUGAUUUUGUUGAAAGCUGAUGUUGCUGAGCUGUUGUUUCCUAGUGUGCUUGUGAAUCUUGCUUGGAAGAGUGAUACCAAUAUUGACAUGUGCCAUUUGAUAUCUAUAAAGGUUCAAGAAAACAUCUUUGUUGAGUCUAAUGGAUUAGCUAAGACUAUUCAGGUUUUUCUGGAUGCAAUGAAUAGGCUACGGUCAAUUUAUGUGACUGAGCAAGCUGCAUCCAGCUUUGCUGCAGCGAAGUCCGACAGGACAACUGUUUCAAGGUCACGCUAUCCACCUGAAAGGCUAAAAGGUCGCACAUCAAAUAUAUCAUUAUUAAAUUCCUUAUGGCACAAGGUGUACUGGUUAUCACUUGAUUAUCUUUUGGUGGCUAGAGCUGCAAUUCAUUGUGGAUCGUACUUCACUGCAAUAAUGUAUGUAGAGCAUUGGUGUGAAGAGCAUUUUAAUGGUCUACUUCUGGGUUCGCCAGAUUUUUCCCAUAUGGAGGAGUUGCCCGCUCAUAUUGAGCUGCUGGUUGCUGCAUUCACUCGGAUUAAUGAGCCAGAUGCUAUAUACGGAGUAAUUCAGUCACACAAGUUGGCAUCUCAACUCAUUACAUUUGAACAUGAAGGAAAUUGGAGUAAAGCUCUAGAAUACUGCGACUUGCUUGUAAGAUCGGCAUCAGUGCAGGAAACUGAAAGCUUGCAUGGAGAAUUAUCCACAAAUGCUGCCCUUACCUCUAAUGUGUAUGAUGGAAAAACUGCCAAUUGGAAGUAUUGUAAAGGAUUGAUGAAAUCUCUUCAAAACAUUGGCACUAGUCAUGUGCUGGAUGUUUAUAGUCAAGGAUUGAUGGCCAAUAUUGGGCAUUUUAAGCUUGAUUCUGAGUUCACAGAAUUGCAGUAUGAGGCUGCUUGGAGAGCUGGGAACUGGGAUUUUUCAUUUUUCUCCUCUGAAUUCACUUCUCGAUCCGGGCAAUAUUCAAGAAGUGUUUGCCUUAAUGAAAACCUGCACAGCUGCCUAAGGGCUUUGCAUGAGGGAGAUUUUGAUAACUUCCAUGAGAAACUUGAAGGUUCCAAGAAGGCGCUGGUGUUGUCUAUAUCAAACGCUAGCUGUGAAGCAGCUGAAUUUAUCCAUUCAACAAUUUUUAAGCUUCAGAUAUUGAGCCAUCUUGGUUUGGCCUGGGAGCUUCGUUGGACAUCAUGCAUGCUUAAAAAAGAUGGGUUCAUCAAACAUGUUAAAAAUUUGUGUGGACCUGUUAUCCCAUCAAAAGCUCAGUUGGACUGGCUGAACACAGAGUGGAGGUUCAUUUUAAGGCAGGCACAGCUGCAUAUGAAAUUAUUGGAACCUUAUAUUGCAUUUAGACAUGCCAUGCUGAAAAUUUUAGAUUGCAAUGAAUUCCUGUUAGAGCAUUUAUUGCAAGCCACUGCCACCCUUCGCAAGGGUUCCAGAUUCUCUCUGGCGACUGCUGCUUUACAUGAGUUAAAGUUGCUCUUUUGUCAAACGGAACACGAAACAAAUCAGCAAACCUAUGUCAGAAUGAGGCAUCACUUUCUUAAGAGCUGGCAGGACCAUGCACAGCAUGUUGGUGUUAAUGUUGAACCUCCGCACCAGCAUUCGACGAUGGACUUUAUUAUCACUCUUGAAGAAGCUAAAAUUUUAAAAGCUCAAGGUCAACCUGAUAUGGCCAUUAAUCUGGCAAAAUAUCUUUUGCAACAUCAUCAAGUGGAGGAUGAGGCAUCAAACAUAUAUAGAUUGAUAGGGAAAUGGUUGGCAGAAACACGAUCGAGCAACUCAAGAACCAUUUUAGAACAGUACCUAAAACAUUCAGUUGAGCUUUCUGAAGCAAGCAAGAGUAAAGAUGAUGCGUCUAAAUUAAGUAAAUGUCAAAGUUUGUUCCAGUUAUCACAUUACACUGAUGGUCUUUUUAGAAGCUAUGAAGAAAGACUAGCAUCUAAUGAGUGGCAAGCAGCGCUGCGCUUGAGGAAACAUAAGACCAAAGAGUUGGAAGCACUCAUUAGAAGGUUAAAGAGUUCCACAAAGGGAGAAAAGACAGAUUACUCUAUAAAAAUACAGGAGUUACAGAAACAGCUUAGCAUGGAUAGGGAAGAAGCUGAAAGACUUCAGGAUGAUAGGGACAAUUUUCUUGGCCUGGCACUGGAGGGAUACAAACGUUGUCUCGUCAUAGGUGGAAAAUAUGAUCUAAGAGUGGUUUUCCGAGUUGUUUCUUUGUGGUUCAGUCUUUAUAUGAGGCAAAAUGUUGUAGAGUCCAUGUUUAAUGCAGCCAAAGAGGUUCUAUCAUACAAGUUUUUGCCAUUGGUUUACCAAAUUGCUUCAAGGAUUGGUAUCUCUAAAGAAGGACAAGAAUCAAUUUGUUUCCAGACAGCACUACUCUACCUUGUGAGAAAAAUGGCCAUUGAGCAUCCAUAUCACACUAUAUUUCAGAUUUUGGCUCUAGCAAAUGGGGAUCGGAUCAAAGACAAACAGAGGAACAAAAACUCAUUUGUUGUUGACAUGGAUAAGAAACUUGCAGCAGAAAAUCUGCUAGACGAGUUAUCAUUGUACCAUGGUUUAAUAAUUCAACAGAUGAAACAAAUGGUUGAGAUUUAUAUCAAACUUGCUGAGCUUGACACAAAAAAGGAGGAUAUGAAUAAAAAAGUACCACUUCCUCGGGAGGUUCGCAGUAUUCGUCAGCUAGAACUUGUACCAGUUGUCACAGCCAAUAUCACUGUAGACCCAACAUGCCAAUAUAAGGAAGGAAUGUUUCCAUAUUUCAAAGGCCUGGGUGAUUCUAUCAUGAUAAUGAAUGGCAUAAACAGUCCCAAAGUGGUCGAAUGCUUUGGAUCAGAUGGUCAGAUAUAUCGCCAACUAGCAAAAUCAGGAAAUGAUGACCUCCGACAAGAUGCUGUUAUGGAACAAUUUUUUGGUUUAGUAAAUAUCUUCCUGCAAAAUCACCGGGACACUUGGAAAAGAAGACUAAGAAUACGGACAUAUAAGGUUGUACCAUUUACCCCAAGCGCUGGGCUAGUGGAAUGGGUUGAUCGGACAAUUCCACUUGGUGAAUAUCUUCUAGGAAGUUCAAGGAAUGGUGGAGCGCAUGGAAGGUAUGGAGUGGGUGAUUGGUCAUUUCUUCAAUGCCGGGAGCAUAUGACUAAUGAGAAAGAUAAAAGCAAGGCAUUUCUAAAAGUCUGCAAGAAUUUCAGGCCUGUUAUGCGUUACUUCUUUUUGGAAAGGUUCCUGAGGCCUGCUGAUUGGUUUGAGUGCAGACUGGCUUACACGCGAAGUGUGGCAGCUAGCUCAAUGGUUGGCUACAUUGUUGGACUCGGAGAUCGUCAUUCUAUGAAUAUUCUCAUUGAUCAAGCUACAGCAGAGGUGGUGCACAUUGAUCUUGGUGUGGCCUUCGAACAGGGUCUCAUGCUUAAAACGCCAGAGAGGGUCCCCUUUAGACUAACAAGAGAUAUCAUAGAUGGUAUGGGAGUUACAGGUGUGGAAGGUAUUUUCAGGAGAUGCUGCGAGGAAACCUUAUCAGUCAUGAGGACAAAUAAAGAAGCAUUGUUGACAAUUAUUGAAGUUUUCAUUCACGAUCCCCUCUAUAAAUGGGCGCUCUCUCCUUUGAAAGCCUUGCAAAGACAGCAGGAAACCGAUGAUAAUUCAGAUUCGAGUUUGGAGAACUCAGAAGAUGCAUCUGAAGGGAACAGGGAUGCAGCACGUUCUAUAUUGCGAGUUAAGCAGAAGUUGGAUGGAUAUGAAGAUGGUGAAAUGCGUAGUGUGUCAGGCCAGGUUCAGCAACUCAUACAGGAUGCUAUAGAUACAGACCGCCUUUGCCAAAUGUUUCCAGGUUGGGGAGCUUGGCUGUAAGAGAAGACAUCAAUGUAUUAGACAUUCGAGCUGUAAUUGUUCGCAAACUUUGUAAAUUUAGACUCUUAUUGAUAUGGCAAAAGAGUUACCAUCCGAGCCCAUUAAAAGAAGCCAGAUGAAAAUAUUUAAUUAGCAUUGGGAUUUUAAUUGAGGUAUGGUUGUUAUGUAUGAAAAUUAUAUUGUUUUAUAAGUUUUGAUUUUAGAUAUUUACAAAAUUUUGAAAUUUUGUAAUUGAUGUAUGGAUGUUAUAUAUGAAACUAUGUUAUUUUAGGUUUUGAUUUUGGACAUUUAUGAAGUUUUAUAAUUCAAAUUUUGAAUUUUGAA